UGUUUGAAAAUGGCUGCCUCUCAAAGUGAGGAUCCCAUUGGUGGCUCAAUAAUAGAAGGCCUUGUGGUACAAGAUCAUGGUGAUCAACAAUUUGAAUUUGAACUAAAAAUUGACAACUCAGCAGAUUUUGACAUUGAAAGUCAACCUGAUAAAUCAUUACCUAUAAACUCGGAAGAAAAUGAAUCUAUAUUGUCUGAGGGAGAAAAUAAACUAUUAAGUUCUAUGGCAGAAAUUGGAGUGGAUGUUUCCUCUAAUAAUGGAAGUUCACACUCAUCGCACGGGAACUGCAUUACAGAUGAAAACCUGGCAAAUGAGGAUGGCAUUGAACUGCAGUUAACCUCAGACCUAGAUCUCAUAAAAAUUGACGCACAGGAAACUCCACUUGAGCAAGAAUUCUCUAACUUGGACAUAGUACCUCAAGAUAAUGAUAUAAGUAAUGUUGUGUCUAGACCGGAUGUUGUACCUAAUGAUGAAGCAGUUCAUUUGUUGUCAGAAAACACAACAUGUGAGCCUGUUUCAACCAAAGAAACACAUAUUCCAAAGUUAGAGCUUGACAAACUUGAUGUUAUACGAGAAAACGAAAUGAUUUCUGUUGAUAGUAUUGAAAUAAACGAAAAACAGCCAGACGAGACAGAAAACAUUUCUUUAGUCGACUUAAUGAAAAAGCAGGAUGAGGAUGAUUCAUCUGGAUCAGAAUUUGAUUUUGAUUUACCUCCUGCGACCAAACAAUCAGCCGAUGUGAAAGAAAAAUCUUUGUCACCCGAUAAAAAAUCCAAAGCUCCGGCACCUCCUCCGCCAGCUGUAUCACUUCCUCCUGCCUUACCUCCUACCACAGAACAGACACUGCCUGUCACAGCCAAAAGGACUGACCAACCGGUCAGUAAUCUCCCAUCAGAUCCAGGUCAGGAAUCCAAAGUCCAGACCGAGACUGGUGAAGGCAACAAGGAACGCUUUACUUCUGGCAGUUUCCCGGUCAGUUUUAAGCAGGCCUCACUGACCUCCAAUAUAUCACUGGUAACGAAAGUUCCAGAGGAUGAAAAUGUUUCUGUGGUAUCUGGUGAGAACCAUCAGAAGGAAGAGGAGCAUAAUGAAACAGAUCCUGCACAUCAGAAAGGUCUAUUGGCCCGUUCUCACGCUCAGAAUGAAUGGGACAAUGUUCAAACCAUUGAAGCAGGUUUCACAGAUCCCAAUCUCACUAAAGGACCUGGAGGGGCUAAGAUGACCCCACUCAUGCCUUAUAUGGAGUUGGAGGAAACCCUUAGGCCAAUGGAUUACUCCAAUGCUAUGGCAAAUAUCCGCCAGAGUGUCAACAGACGUGGGUUUUCAGCACUGAAACACAUUCUAUUUGGACCUCCAAAAUUACAUAGAAAUCUGCUUAAAGAAAAGGAAUUUGUUUUUUGCAUAGCUGCAACAUCAUUGGACAACAAUACCAUUGUACACACCCGUGCCCUUCAGACCAUCUAUAGGUGUCUCACUGGCUCGCGGUUUGACUGUGGUAGGUUUGGAUCCCACUGGGAGGAAAUAGGAUUUCAAGGUAACGACCCAUCAACUGACCUGAGAGGGACGGGUAUUCUAGGAUUACUGAAUCUUGUACAUUUAUUAAGAAAUCCUAAACGACAAUCUUUAGCACAGGACAUUUAUAAACUCUCUCUCCAUCCUACCCAAAAUUUCCCUUUUUGUGUGAUGGGAAUCAACAUGUCGAGGAUAGUGAUACAGGCACUUAGAGAAGACUGUCUUAACAGGGAAUGUAAUAAAAGGGAGGAUGUGUUAGGAGUGGUGAAUGACUUCUAUGCUGCCCUGUACCUGGAUUUGUACCAGACCUGGAAAUCUAAGGGAAAGACCAUCACAGACUCAGGAAAUGUUAUCAAAGCUCUCGAGUCAAAUGCUAAGAAAAAUCCUCAGCGUUUGAUCAAGAAUAUGGAGGAAUACAUUGAACGCAAAAAAAGCUCCGUAAAUCUGGACAAUAUGGACGUCGGUGGGGAAAACUUUCUCAGUGUUUGUGACACAGAGGCAGGACAGUACUGAUAACAGUUUCGACCAGAAAUCACACAUUCCACGGGAAAAAAAUUCUUUCAAUGGACUAUAAAAUAUUUGAAGAUCAAUUUGUUACGUAGCAAGCACAUCAAACUGGAAUUAAAUAACAAUAUAUAAAAUAUAUUUCAAAGUCCAGAAAAGAGAGUUUUGAAGGAAAUUAGAUCUGUUACACAUUAUGAGGAAGAUGAGGCAGAACGUUUGUCUCUGUAUGAUGACUUGAAUCAUGGGUAAGGAGCCACGUAUAAUGAUGGACCUAUGAUAUGUAAAGUAAUUGUAUGUACAUCGCAUAAUAUGAACAUUGUUAUCAAAACGGCUAAUGAAUAUUGUACUAUUGAAUAUUAUCAUAUUGAAAGCUUCUAUGUUUUUGUAAUACACAUGUAUAUGAAUAAUGACAAAAUUACAAAAAUUUAUUGAAAGAAAUAUACCCUAAGGAUGAUAUUAUGAGAAUCAAUACUGUUGUUCAUGAUUGUAAUUAAAACCAGGAAACUACCAACUGAUUGUAGGGAAAUCUCUGAUGCUGUGAAAAUAUGUCAUGCAGGCAUGCACAAACUGGAUUGUUUUGAAAAAUGGUGGACUGAAGAAGCCUAAUGUCGACCAGUAUCAGAUUUUAUAUGCUAAUUACCAAAUUCAUUAAUGUAUGAGUACAUAGUUAUAUCUCUCCUUCGAAUCAAGUGCUACAUUUUGUAUUUAGUAGUACUGGACACAGGGUCAAAGGUCAAAUUAGUACAAAUUUUACAAAAUUUCUUGUCCAGGCAAUUCCUUCUUAACCAUUGAAGAUAUGAUAAUGAAACUUGCAGCAUAGUUUCAAAUGCUAAAGACAAUAUGCAUUGCAUUGCUGUUAGAUCAGCGUGACCUUGACCCUCAACAUCAAAGGUCGAAUAAGGGUAUAUGUUCCAAUAAUUUCUUGUCUGUACCAUAACUACUAAAUUGUUGAAGAUAUUUUUAUGAAACUUAGAGCAUACACGAAUCAAUGAAACCUGAUUUAAGUGCAAUGCAGUAACUUCACUGUGACCUUGACCUCAAGGUCAAACAAAUGCAAAUUUCUCACCAAUUUCUUGUCCUGGUUAAACUUUUCUUGCUUUUGAAGAUAUGUUGAUGAAACUUGUAGCAUACUAGCAUCCUCUAAAGAGGAUGUCUAUUGCACUACUGUGGGUCACUAUAACAUUGACCUCGAGAUCAAAGGUCAAAUAAGUGCGAAUUUUCCAAUAAUUCUUGUCCCUGCGUUAACUUUUUAACCUUUAAUAACAUCUCAAUGAAAAUUGAAAAUUGCUGUAUACCUUAAUAACUCACUGACAAAGGGCAUUACACUGUCAUAGGAUCACUAUGACCUUGACCUCAAGGUCAAGUAAGUGCAUAUCUUGAUAAAACUUGCAGUAUAUGUACAGUGUACUUACUACUUGCUUAAAGUUAAUAUGAUCCUUAAAGAUAAAAGUUUUUGGGUUGUAUGUUUUGUUUUGUGGGUGGAUUAGGGAAAUUACAGUACAAUAUUUCCCCAAAACAACCAAGUGAUUUUUGAAGAGGGGUGCUUAUUAUGGUAAAUUUGUUAAUAUUUUUAUACAUUUAGUUAUGAUAACAGUUUAUUUCAAAUUCAAAUCCUCAUAUUUAAUUUAUUUAGAAUCGAAACUGAACUACAAUACUUAUCAGAGGAAAUGCUGAUCAAUCUAUUUUUUUUUUGUAUCUUCUUACUUGACGCUCACAAUCUAGAUUUACAGGAAAUGCAAUAACAGAAACUUAAUACAAAAAGGUUAAUGGAUGUACUAUGGUACUUUUAACUCUAAAAUCUGUUAUCUUUUUCCUGGGUUUCUUAUUUAAGGUAUUUAGUUCCCCUACUCAAAGGGAAAGUGAGUUAUGGUGUCUGUCAUCUGGCUGGCCAGUAUCAACUUUUCAUUGUAACAAUUUAUUUUUUCUUAAUAACAAAGAAGUGCCCAGAGACCUGAUAUUGGGACUGUAUCAUUCUGGGUUGAAGGGCUACCAAGUUUGUUCAAAUAAA